AUGGACGUGGAGCGCGCCACCGCCACAGCAGCGGUGUAUCCACUGCCGCACUCAUUUUUCGGCCCGAGGCGGCCGGAGCCCGCGGCCGUAGGUGCGCCAACACGCACCCUUUUCGAGUGGCCGCCGCGGUGGCAGAGGCCGGCCCGGCGUGUGCCGUUCAGUUGGCGGACGUACGAUCAUGAUCCGCCGGUCGUCGCUGCAGCGGCGCCGCCCUACAGGAACAGCGGCUUUAGCGCCGUCCCGGCGUCGGAGAAGGCCAUCGCUGGCCUACCCUACAGGGAGAAGGGCUGCUCCGUGUGCAUGGAGGCCUUCGAGGAGGGGGAGAUGCUCAGGGGAUUGGAAUGCUCCCACGCGUUCCACGAGGACUGCAUCUCCGUGUGGCUCAGCGUCAGCCACCUCUGCCCGCUCUGCCGCUUCGCGCUGCGUACCCAACGCCAAGAGGGUGAGGAGGAACGUACGGGCCGCGAGUAG